AUGGACAUUGUUGCUCUUUUAACUUCAGCUGGAAUUAAUAUUGCUGUGUGUACGGUGCUCUUUUCACUUUAUUCUGUAUUAAGGAAACAGCCCAGCAAUGUUAAUGUGUACUUUGGACGGAGACUAGAAUCUCAUCGUUCACGACACCCUGAUUUCUGGCUGGAAAGAUUUGUUCCCUCUCCUAGCUGGAUAGUAAAAGCAUGGGGAACAUCCGAGAAUGAGAUAUUGGAUAUUGGUGGCUUGGAUGCCGUAGUUUUUGUAAGGAUACUUGUGUUCAGUAUUCGAGUUUUUUCCAUUGCUGCUGUCAUCUGCACUGUUCUCGUGCUUCCUGUGAAUUACUAUGGUAAAGAAAUAAUUCAUAAGAACAUACCUUUGGAGUCACUGGAAGUUUUUACCAUUGAGAAUGUCAAAACAGGUUCAAGAUUGCUUUGGGCUCAUUGCCUUGCAUUAUACAUCAUUACACUUGCAGCUUGCACUCUUCUUUACUUUGAAUACAAGAGCAUUACUAAGCUGAAGCUACUUCAUAUUAUUGGAUCUCCUCCAAGACCAAGUCAUUUUACUAUUCUUGUCCGAUCAAUUCCCUGGUCUGCAGAAGAAUCAUAUUGUGACACAGUGAACAAAUUCUUCUCACAUUACCACGCAUCAACAUAUUUGUCUCACCAAAUAAUUUUUAAGUCUGGCAAAGUACAGAAAUUGAAGGACGAGGCUGAACAUUUCUGCAAGGUAGUUAAAGACGCUUCGUCGGUUAAUAGUUGUAAGACAAGUUUUGUGCCAUGUUGCUGUUUUGGAAGUUCCACAGAUUCGUUUAAGACGGAUACUAAUGAGAUUGGAAGUAUUCAUGGGAGAACAUGCUACACUGACAUAGAUACAAGGAAAAAGGAACUCCCAGCUGCUUUUGUGUUCUUUAAAAGUCGGUAUGCUGCUCUUAUGGCUUCACAGACUCUGCAAACGUCAAAUCCUAUGUUAUGGGUGACAGACGUAGCUCCUGAGCCACAUGAUGUUCACUGGUCCAAUAUUCGGGUACAAUAUAGGCAAAUUUGGAUCCGCAAAAUGGCUACAUUUGCAGCCUCGAUUGCCUUCAUGCUUGUGUUCUUCUUCCCUGUUACAUUUGUACAAGGCUUGACUCAACUAGAUAAGCUUCAGAAAACGUUCCCUUUUCUGACAGGGAUACUUUCAAAUAAAUAUGUGAAUCGGCUGGUGACGGGUUACCUACCAAGUGUGAUAUUGGUUUUAUUUUUUUGCGCAGUUCCACCGAUGAUGAUUUUAUUUUCAACAAUUGAGGGUCCUAUUUCCCGCAGUAGAAGGAAGAAAAGUGCAUGUUGGAAAGUUUUGUACUUCACAAUCUGGAAUGUGUUUUUCGUUAAUGUUUUCACUGGUUCUUUUAUCAGUCAACUUUCAGUCUUUUCUAGCAUAAAAGACUUGCCUGGACAACUUGCGAAGGCAGUGCCAGCUCAGGCUACCUUCUUCACAACUUAUAUUUUGUCAUCUGGUUGGGCAAGUUUGGGAUUUGAACUUCUGCAAAUUUGUCCUCUUUUAUAUAAUCUAUUCCAGAGAUUCCUACUCAGGGUUAAGGAUGAUACACUUGUUGGCAUAACUUUUCCAUACCAUACAGAAGUUCCAAGGCUAUUACUAUUUGGAUUUCUUGGGUUUACCUGUUCUAUUCUGGCACCUCUAAUGCUCCCCUUCUUAUUGAUCUACUUUUUCCUUGCUUACCUAGUUUACCGAAACCAGAUUCUGAAUGUGUAUAUUACAAAAUACGAUAGUGGGGGACAAUACUGGCCUAUUGCUCACAACACAACGGUCUUCUCUUUGUUAGUUGCUCAACUUAUUGCACUCGGGGUGUUUGGAAUAAAACGCUCCACAGUUGCAUCUGGAUUUACCAUUCCCUUGAUCAUUGUCACCAUUAUUUUUCAUCAGUAUUGUAGGCAUCGAUUUCUUCCAGUAUUUAGGAGCUGUUCAGCACAGAUUCUUGUUGACAUGGAUAGGAAAGAUGAAGAUAGUGGAAAAAUGGAAGAGAUUUAUGAACAAUUACGUUCAGCCUACGUCCAACCCACUUUAGUGUCGCAAGCCCUAAGCCCAUCCGAACCCAUCAGCCCGCAAGACGACAAGCCAUCUGAGAUUUCAGAAGAUAUCGAGAAAGGCAAAACAGUUGGUCAACAACAUAGACCAGGGCCUGUCCAUCGUACUGUGAGUUCGAGCUCAGAUAGAUCAGUAAUUAGUGGAGAUGAAACGAGGGACCCGGCUUGUAAAUUGAAAAAGAAUAUUCCUAAUGUGCCCCAUCCAGCGCUUGAACAUUUAAUUAAUGAUGGAUUAUGA